AUUUUCUGUGGAUGAGAUUUGUUUGUUUGUUUCAUUUGUGCGGAUGAGAUACUAAGAUUUGAAAACUUGAUAUUUAUGUUUAUGGGUUGUCCAUGGAUUUGUGUUUACGGGUGAUUUCUUGGAAGUUCUUGUUGAAAUAUGAAAUGUCAGCUUGGGUGCGGUGGUUUGCGGGUGAUUUGUGGGCUGCUCUUUGAAUGUUGCCCUAUAAAAAUGAAUAUGUGACUGUGGCUGAGAGUUUAAUGGGUUUCUAUUGCUUUGAAAUUGCUGAUUUGAUCCGUGGUUGCGGUUUUAGUGGCUUUUGAAUAUGCUGUUUCAAUAAUGAUAAAAUCUGUGAUUUUUUUUUUCAUCUGGUUUUGCUGUGAAUUUGUGAUUUUCAUAUGUUGUAUAUUUUGUAUGUGUUGAUAUUUAUUUUUGUUGAUAUGUCAACAUUAGAUGGCAAUGAAUUUGUAGGAAGUUGUAAAGAUGCUACUACUGCUUCUCAACAAACACAAAUUUUCAAGCAUUGACGAUAAUAUUUGGUUUAACCAUAUGUUUUCCUUAUACAAUUUAAACUGAAAACUCUUAACUAAAUCUUUUAACAUUAUCUGUUUUCACGGAAGAAACUGCAUAAAUAAACAUAAUAAUUAUCUUGUUCCUAUGUUAAAGCUAGUUCCAGUAUAAAUGCAGCUAUGCGUGAUACCAUUCCUAGAUAAGGUUACAUCUGUUGGGGGGAGAGAGAUAGAAAGAAAUAGAGAGAGAAGGAAAAUAGCAUAGCACGGGUUCAGACAACAAGGCGAAAAUACUUAAAAGAACCAAUUAGAAAAUAAAAGUACAGAUGAUGACCAUUUCAACUUGUUUAGAGUAGGAAACAGAAUGAACAAUAACCCCAUACCAUAUAUGUAUUAAACCAAAAUCGGUUAGCCGAAACCCGAGCUAGUUAAUGAUUGGCUCAUUUAUAUUUUUAAAAUAAAAAGCUUGUUGACUAAAUAAUUAUUAAGUUCAUUAAGAUCCCAAAAUCUUUUUAUUCUAGUAGGCUGAGGCCCCACCGGCAUGGAAGAGGAAAUGAAAGAAAUUGCCUUUGAAAUUAAAAGGAAGGAAAACCUAGAGCUAAAGGUCGAAGAAGAAGAAGAUGAAGGACCACAGCAACAACAAAAAAAAGUAGGAGAUGAACAUGUUUUGCAAUUUCUGGAUUCAGUAGACAACUAUUUGACUCUUUUCGAUUCUUUAUCUUCUAUGCUUCGCCAGGGAUGGCUGGAAUUGGCUAGUGCUCGACAUUCCAUGGGGGCUUCACGCAUCAAUAGUGCUUUAUUGGACUUUAAAGUCCACUCUGCUUCUACCUCAUUGCAAGUAGCACGACAUACUGUUGAUUCCAUGGAAGAGCAACCACACUUUAUCUUGCGUAAAUGGGGCUCCUUGUAUAAUGAUAAAUGCAGUUAUGAGGAUCAAACUUCCAAAGAGGAUGAAUUGUGGAGCAAAUCUGGCAGUCCACUGCCACGACAUAGAGGAAAUCCCCAGCUUGCUGAAACCUCUCCAAAGCAAGCUACUCUGAAGGUUGAUGACCAAGUUCAGAAGGAGCGAUCAAGAUCCCUAUCUAUGUUUGGUACCUUGGUUUCCCCUCAGCUACGAUCUGCCCAACUAUCAUUUGAGACAGCUCUAGAGACGCUCGUAGAAAUCGCAAACGUGCGCUCGAAAAUGCUCUCUGCAUUCAAUGGAGUCCAAAAGGAAUUAGAAAUCGACAAAGAGAUCAGAUAGAGUCUGUUUCUACAGGCUUAUUUAACUCCCUCUUCUAAAAUGGUAAUGGUCUUCUAUACAGUUUAAUUGCUUUUACACAUUCAGAGAUUUCUGUCUAUAAGUUACUGUAGUCAAGAGUCAAGGCAGAGCAGAGGUCUUUGGUAUCAUAUAGCUUCCUUUUGUUGGAAUACGAUACACUUUGAAGGAAAGCUUAAUUUUUUCUCCU